GCGCGGCCAUCCACGGGAGAACAGGGGCCGACGAAUCCACAGUUUGAGUGCCAAAAAGGGCGUUUGCCAUGGCGAUGAAGGCCAUCUUGAUGGGCCUGACCGGCCUGACCGGCGCUGUCGGCCAGGCGAUGAGCAUGCACAAGGUGAUUGGCAUCGAGUGCGCGCAGGUGCAGCUGGAUCAGGGCUAUGCGGACUGGCUACAGGAGCUAGCUGGCCUGCAGGAGGGGCCCUGCGAAAGCAGCGGCUUUACAGCCACCGCCGGCUCCAAGGAGGUUGACCUGCCCUUCCUGGGCCAGCUCAGCCUGGCCAUCUUCCGCAGGCCUGACUUGCUGGACACGGCCAUGCAGCUGGGCGCACAGCUGAGCGGACACGGAGCAAAGCAAGGCCAGGCGUGCUGUGAGACCUGCCCGCGGGGACAGCAGAAGUUGGUGAAAGCGGGCGAGGACGAGUGUCGGGAGGUUUGCCUCGGUGCGGGGAAGAAGCUGAUCGUGUCCAUGGCUGGCAUCCUGGAGGAGGGAUUUCAGCCGGAUGUGGCCACCUGCGCUCAGCGCGGCUUCCCGAUGCUGAACUCAACCGUCACCCAGGGGGUGGAGCCUGCGGGGCUCACCUGGGACUUGUACCACCGCCAGCCGGCGCACACCACCACGCAGCACAAGGUGGCGGCCGGCAUUUGCGGCGAAGUGACGCUGCCGGAGGAGAAGGCGGACAGCACACUCUCGCUGCUGGGUCUUGAGGCAGGCACCUGCGUCUCUGCGGGCUUCAGCGAGCAGAUGGGAAAGCAGGCCAUCCCGGGGCUCUCGGAGCAGCUGUUGCUCUUCCGGAAGGCCGGGGACUUGGACGUCGUGGACGCGGUGCACCUGCUCUUCACCGCCCUCACGCAGGAUACUGUGACUCUCUACAGCAUGGCGGGCGACUUGUGCAGCGAGGCCUCGGUCGACAGGAAGUUCCAGCAGCCCCUGGUGGCGCUGCACUUUGUGGAGGGCUCGUGCCAGGCGCAGGGAUACCGCCAGCCUGCGGGAAGUCAAUCCUUCAGCGUGCCGCUUCUUACGGAUGUGCAACUGACCCUCUUCCACAAGGCUGGAAGCUUCAACUUGCACGUUUGAGGAGGGCAAUGUGGGGACGAUCUUCCGCGCAAGGUGCGCAGCCGGUCCAGAGAUCCAGAGAUCUAGACAUCCAAACA